CAGCUCCAAAAGCUCGAGAGUCUCGGCUUGUACUACAAUUCGCCAGAGCCAGCAAUAAUUUGCAUCGAAUGCGGCUUCGCCAUUAACCCUACGCGCGCGCCGCGUCACCCAGGCGACAAGCAUCAUAUACCUAAGUCUGCCCGCCGUGGUUUGAAGCCUCUAAUCUAUUCUCUCAAUCUUCCAAACCCAGAGACACUUCCACUGCGACCAAACGGCUCGCCGCCACACCCAAACCUUACGGUAUACAAGGGUUCAGCCUGUAAAUAUUGUGGUCUUCGCUCUAUCAGCGAAAAGGUCUUACUAGCCCAUGUGAAGACAAAGCACAGCAAAGAGAUCAAGCUCGCAGCUCGGCGAUGACUCCUUCGCAGCGACAAGCUUGUGGCUAGAGCGUACAAGAUGGCAAAUCACAUACAAAAAUGUCCGGCGAGACAUCCUACAGGCAAUGACACGCCUCCGAGUAGAGGAAGCUAAACGGUCGGUGGAGCGUCUGCAAUCGAAAGGUACAACCGUCAACGCUGACGAGACCGUGGCCAUGAUGAUCCACACUGACCAGGUUGAGAGGAAGAUCAGCGAGGGCACUGG